CGUAUCAGACUCUAAGCCAUCUUGGAGAAGGAUGAAUGGCACACUUGAGAAGGGGGCUCAUCACCAGGUCCUUGACCUCUCUGAGGAACUCCCAACCAACAGCCACCAUCACGAACACCAGCACACAAACCUCCAGCACACACACUCCUUGGCCUCCACUGUGCCGGCUGGGACACCAGUAAUUGGGGUGGUUGUGCCUCCACCUUACUUCUCAGCGGACGCUGGGGGAGCUGAAGCUCCACUGGAGCUUCGAGGUUCUCUGGACUGCUGGGCUUGUUCGGUGCUCGUGACGGCACAGAACGUGGUGAUUGCAGCCAUCAACGCCUGUCUGGCUGGUUUGGUUUUCGGGCUGAUCCUCAUGCCUGCUAUUGUCAUGGUGGGGUUUGGCUUUCUCUGCCAUUCAACGGUACGCUUAACUGGUACAACACCAUACUGUUCGGAUCUGCUAACUGAUGGCGGCUGUGUGGCAAUGCUGGUUGUGGGUUUCUUAUUAGUGACUCCACUCCUGGUUCUGGCCUUGGCUGCAUAUUGCCGGCUUGCUCGUCACCUUCAGCUGGGCCUUUGUUUUAUUCCCUACAGCCGUGCAGUCUACAAGAACCUUCCUGCUACCCAGCAUCGUGGACUAGGAGGAGGUUGCUGCGGACAGCGAGCUGGGAAUAAAGGAGGGAAGGGGAAGGUGUGGGUGUAG